CCAAACCUCUGUUGGAAGAAACGUCCAUCUGGGUUCAAUUCCAAGUGGGAAGAAUUACACUGGAAACAUGGAGACUGCUUGGAAAGAUGGUUUAAUGGUGGACAGGACCACAUGGUUUGAGGUUCUUGGCAAAAAAGAGCACAUGGGGGAACCAAAGCUGAGACAUGUAGAAAAGGAUAUUUUGAUUCCAAAAAUAAUGAAAGACAAAGCCAAGGAGCUGUGUUCUGAACAAGUGAAAGACUUUACCAAAUGUUGCAAAGACACAGGUUUUCUUAUGGUGGUAAAAUGCCAAAAGGAAAACAAACUCCUGAAAGACUGUCUCACUGGCCACUAUAGUGAUCCAGCAUUUUAUGAAGAAUGCAAGGCUGAAUAUUUGAAAACCAGGGAAGAACACAGGGCAGCACAAGAUGUUCCUCAUCAGAAGCAUUCUACUAGCACCUAGACAAGUUGUAUGGCCAUUUGAAACUUGAACUUAUGGAAAUAAAUUUUGAUCCAUUUGGAGAGCUUGAAUUUGUGAGAAGAUUUAAAAUACAACAUUUGAAGAGUGAAGACAGUGUUAACAUCAUUUUACAUCUGAUAUUCAUCAAUUCUACCAUCAAAAUGUACAGUAGUGUGGUAUUAGGAUGAUUUCUUGAGUUAUAUCUGAGAUGCAAAGAAAGAAUCCAGAUAAAACAGGUGAUGUGAAAGCCGAGACAAAAGUGGGUAACAGAAGGAACUUUAUAAUGUGGAGUUGAGCUUUGUAAUGUGGGGCUAUUUUAAUGACAUCAAAUAAAAAAAAAUGUGUCUCUAUUUAACUGUUUAUGCAACCCUUUUCAAAUAUAUGGUAAAAAUGAUUCUCAGGGAAUUUAUUCUCAUCCAAUAUAUAUGAAAAUAAAGCUUCAUGAAUUUUAGCAUUUUGUUUUUUCCCGUAAUGUGAAGAAUAUUGUAUCACAAAAUAUAUUGUAUCACUUAUGUCAUAUUAAAUAAGUGGUAUGUAAUGACUCAUCUCAAA